GGCCCGCAAGUGUACAGUUUGGAUGGACAGGUGGCAGAUGCAGCCAUGAGGAUUCUUCAAAUUGUGAUACUGACCUUGAUCGUAGCCUAUCCCGAUCAAGUUCUGUCCUCCAACAAGCGCUCUAAGGACAAAAAAUCGGAUGCCAAGGGUGCUUGUGGGAAGCCCUAUAUGAGGCAGCUGAAUGGAAGAUGCUACUACUUCUCGGUAAAAAAGAUGAACUGGUUUGGGGCCCAGAACAAUUGUCUGCGUAAAGGUCUCAAUCUGGCGAAUCUGGGCAGUCCGGAGGACUACAAAGCGGUUAUCCGCUACCUUAAUACGCGGGGAAACAUGGAGGACUAUUGGUUUGGAGGUAACGACCUACAGGCGGAGGGCCGAUUCACAUACAUCAGCAAUGGCCGCAUGGUCCGCUAUUUCGGGGACAAGGGCAUGGUGCAGCCGACGCAUCGACACAAUCUGGACGACUGUCUGGAGGUGAGGUUGCGGUUGAACAACACCGUGGUUACCGACGAUAAUUGCCAAGAGAAGCAGUAUUUUAUCUGCGAGAAGUUCAGUGAACAAAAGUGCGCCGUGGCAACGAUGGAUGCAGGACAAAAGGGACAGCACAGCCACGAGCACUUGCAUCACUUCCAUCACGACCCAGCAAAAGGAGAGGACCAGGGAGGGAGCGGUCCAGAAGGUAUGGAAAGCGAUUCGCGGCCGAUUGAUAAUACGAAUUCAGCGGAGGUUGGCGAAUCGAGCUUUGAGGGGCCGGAGCUGGAACAGCAACCGGGGGCGGAGGGCACCGCAGCAACGGAGCCAGGAACUGAGACAGAGGGUCCGGCGAACGCCCAGGAGGUCCCGGAAGAGGAUCAGGUUGAUGAGGCUCCAUCUGAAGAGGAAGCUGAAGAAGACACCACUCCGUCUGAAGAUGCCCAACAUGCUAGCAGAAGUGAACCUCCAGCGGAUGAUAACACGGCAGAGGAAGGCGAAGCCUCCACACCCGCGGGUGAGGCUGACGGUGGUUCCAGCGUCCAGUCUGAAAGUGCCGAAGCCACAGUCGCCGGUGAAAGCGAAGCUGGUGCGACCGUCGAGCCUGAAGGGUCCGAGGCCGCAGCCGCCGCUGAAAAAGAGGGUGGUUCCACCGUCCAGCCUGAAGAUGCCGAAUCCACAGCGGGCGUUGAAGGUGAGAAUGUAACGAAACCGCCAGGAGAAGAGGAUGCGGCUGCAACACCCGCAGAUGCAGCCGGUGAAGGAGAGUCUGGUGCGACCGCCCAGGCUGAAGGUGCCGAAGGCGCAGCUCCCGCUGAAGGUGCCGAAGGUACAACGCCCGCUGAAGGUGCCGAAGGUACAACGCCAGCUGAAGGGGCCGAAGGUACAGCGCCCGCUGAGGGUGCCGAAGGUACAACUCCCGCUGAAGGUGCCGAAAGUGCUGCUCCCGCUGAAGGUGCCGAAGGUGCAGCUCCCGCUGAAGGUGCCGAAGGUACAACGCCCGCUGAAGGUGCCGAAAGUGCAGCUCCCGCUGAAGGUGCAGCGCCCGCUGAUGGGCCUGAAGGUGCACCGCCAGCUGACGGGGCCGAAGGAGCAUCGCCCGCUGAUGGGGCUGAAGGUGCAGCUCCCGCUGAAGGUGCAGCGCCCGCUAAUGGGCCUGAAGGUGCAACGCCAGCUGAAGGGGCCGAAGGUGCAGCGCCCGCUAAUGGGCCUGAAGGUGCAACGCCAGCUGAAGGGGCCGAAGGUGCAGCGCCCGCUAAUGGGCCUGAAGGUGCAACGCCAGCUGAAGGGGCUGAAGGGCCCAUUGAAGCCAAAGCCCCGGCGCUCGAGGGAUAAAACCGCGAACCCCUGACCACACUCUCCUUCCUCCCCCCACACUGAAGCGAAUGUCUAGUAAUCUAAGGGAUCGAUGAAUAUACAUACAUAUAUGAUUGAGUUUUCAAAGAAUAAAAUAAAACAAGCGAGAGAGAGAUUG